CUCUCUGCCACCGGCCCGCCACUGUGCCAGCCCCCAGGAUGGGUGCCCCGAGCGGGUGCCUGGCGCUGGCCUGGGCCCUUGUGGCCCUGCUCUCGGUGCAGAGGACAGAGACCCAGGGCAGCACGGAGCCUGCUGUGAACAGUCGGAGGGUGGACGUUGCUCGGAGCAUGACCAUCAUCCCACCCAUCACCGUCUUCCCCACCAUGAGCUCCCUGAACGCCGCGCACAACGGGAGGGUGUGCAGCACCUGGGGCGACUUCCACUAUAAGACCUUCGACGGGGACGUCUUCCGCUUCCCGGGCCUGUGCAACUACGUCCUCUCCAUGCACUGCGGGGCCGCCUACGAGGACUUCAACGUCCAGGUCCGCCGCGGCCUGGCCGGCUCCAGGCCUACCAUCACCCACAUCAUCCUCAAGACCCAGGGGCUGGUGCUGGAGGCCUCCAACGGCUCGAUCCUCAUCAACGGGCAGCGGGAGGAGCUGCCCUACAGCCGCGCCGGCGUCCUGGUAGAGGAGAGCAGUGUCUACAUCAAGGUUGACGUCCGGCUGGUGCUAACCUUCCUGUGGAACAGAGAGGAAGCCGCCCUGCUGGAGCUGGACCCCAAGUACGCCAACCAGACGUGUGGUCUGUGUGGGGACUUCAACGGACUCCGGGCCGUCAACGAGUUCUAUGCCCAUAACGCCAGGCUGACCCCUCUCCAGUUUGGAAAUCUCCAGAAGCUGGAUGGGCCCACAGAGCAAUGCCAGGACCCCCUACCUUCCCCCGCCAACAACUGCACGGAUAGGGAGGGCAUCUGCCACCGCACCCUGUUGGGCCCGGCCUUCUCGGAGUGCAACACGCUGGUGGACCCUGCCGUGUACGUGGCCGCCUGCACCCAGGAUCUGUGCCGCUGCCCGGACUGCCCGUGUGCCACCUUCGCCGAGUACUCCCGCCAGUGCGCCCAUGCAGGGGGACAGCCCCAGAACUGGAGGGGCCCUGACCUCUGCCCCUGGACCUGCCCCCUCAACACACAGCAGCGGGAAUGCGGCUCGCCCUGCACGGACACCUGCUCCAACCCGGAGCGCUCCCAGCUCUGCGAGGACCACUGUGUGGAUGGCUGCUUCUGCCCCCCAGGCACGGUGCUGGAUGACGUCACCCACACGGGCUGCCUGCCCCUAGAACAGUGUCCGUGCACCCACGGCGGCCACACCUACGCCCCGGGGGCCUCCUUCACCACCAGCUGCAGCUCCUGCACCUGCUCUGGGGGGCUGUGGCAAUGCCAGAACCUUCCGUGCCCUGGCACCUGCUCCGUCCAGGGAGGGUCCCACAUCUCCACCUACGAUGAGAGACUCUACGAUGUGCAUGGGGACUGCAGCUACGUCCUGUCCAAGAAAUGUGCAGGCAACGGCUUCACUGUGCUGGCUGAGCUGCGGAAAUGUGGCCUGACGGACAACGAGAACUGCCUCAAAAUGGUGACGCUCAGCGUGAACGGCGGGGACACGAUCAUCCAGAUCCAGGCCAGUGGCGGGGUAUUCAUGAACUCCGUGCACACGCGGCUGCCCGUGUCAGCAGCCAACAUCACCAUCUUCAGGCCUACGUCCUUCUUCGUCCUGGUGCACACGGGCCUCGGGCUGCAGCUGCAGGUUCAGCUGGUGCCCCUCAUGCAGGUGUUCCUCAGGCUGGACCCCUCCUAUCACGGACAGAUGUGCGGCCUGUGCGGGAACUUCAACCAGAACCAGGCCGAUGACUUCCGGACCCUCAGCGGCGUGGUGGAGGGCACGGCCGCCGCCUUCGCCAAUACCUGGAAGACCCAGGCCGCCUGCCCCAAUGUCAAGAACAGCUUCGAGGACCCCUGCUCCCUCAGCGUGGAGAACGAGAACUACGCCCAGCACUGGUGCUCCCUGCUGACCGACCCUGCCGGAGCCUUCUCGCCCUGUCACUCUGUCCUCAACCCUGCACCCUUCCACUCGCACUGCAUGUUCGACACGUGUAACUGUCAGAAGAGCGAGGACUGUCUGUGUGCGGCCCUGUCCUCCUACGUGCACGCCUGUGCCGCCAAGGGGGUGCUGCUCAGAGGCUGGAGGGACGGCGUGUGCACCAAGUAUGUGAGCAGCUGCCCCAAGUCCCAGAACUACAGCUAUGUGGUGGCCGGCUGCCAGCCCACCUGCCGCGCUCUGAGCCAGGUCGACGUCACCUGCGGCGUCACCUUCGUGCCUGUGGACGGCUGCAUCUGCCCCUCGGGCACCUUCCUGGAUGACUCGGGUGCCUGCGUGUCCGCUGAGGCCUGUCCCUGCUACUUCCGUGGCUCUGCAGUGGCCCCGGGGGAGGUGGUGCAUGACGACAGCGUGGUGUGCUCGUGCGUGGGUGGGAAGCUGAGUUGCCUGGGAGCAGCGGAGCACAGGAGCUCAGGGUGCGCGGCCCCCAUGGUGUACCUGGACUGUCGCAACGUCUCCGCCGGCGCGCCCGGGGCCGAGUGUCUCAGGAGCUGCCACACGCUCGACGUGGACUGUUUCAGCACUCACUGCGUGUCCGGCUGCGUCUGCCCCCCGGGGCUGGUGUCGGACGGGAGCGGAGGCUGCGUGGCGGAGGAGGACUGUCCUUGUCUGCACAACGAGGCCGCCUACAAGCCCGGGGAGACCAUCAGGGUCGACUGUAACACCUGCACGUGCAGGAGCCGCAGGUGGGAAUGCAGCAGCAAGGCCUGCCUGGGCACCUGCGUGGCCUACGGGGACGGCCACUUCAUCACCUUCGAUGGCGAGCGCUACAGCUUUGAAGGAAGUUGCGAGUACACGCUGGCGCAGGACUACUGUGGGGGCAAUGGCACCGGCACCACAAACGGGACUUUCCGCGUCGUCACCGAAAACGUCCCCUGUGGGACCACGGGUGUCACCUGCUCUAAGGCCAUCAAGCUCUUCCUGGAGAACUAUGAGCUGAUCCUGCGUGAGGGCACCCACAAGGUGGUGCAGAGGGGGCCGGGCGGAGACCUGCCGUACAAGGUCCGGUACACGGGCGUCUACCUGACUGUCGAGACCCGCAGCGGCAUGGUGGUGUCCUGGGACCGAAAGACCAGCGUGUUCAUCCGACUACAGCAGGGCUACAAGGGCCGGGUCUGCGGGCUGUGCGGGAACUUUGACGACAACGCCGUCAAUGACUUCACCACGCGGAGCCAGUCCGUGGUGGGCAACGCCCUGGAGUUUGGCAACAGCUGGAAAUUCUCCCCGUCCUGCGCCGACGCCCCGGCCCCCAGGGACGCCUGCGCCGCCAACCCGCACCGCAAGUCCUGGGCCCAGAAGCAGUGCAGUGUCCUCAACAGCGCCACCUUCGCCGCCUGCCAUUCUCAGGUCGACUCCACCAAGUAUUACGAGGCCUGCGUGGGCGACACGUGUGCCUGUGACUCUGGGGGCGACUGUGAGUGCCUCUGCACGGCCGUGGCCGCCUACGCCCAGGCCUGCCGCGACGUGGGCGUGUGCGUGUCCUGGCGGACCCCGGACAUCUGCCCCUUGUUCUGCGACUACUACAACCGCGAGGGCCAGUGCGAGUGGCACUACCAGCCGUGCGGCGCGCCCUGCAUGAGGACCUGCCGGAACCCGAGCGGCCGCUGCCUGACCGACCUGCCGGGCCUGGAAGGCUGCUACCCAAAGUGCCCGCCCAGCGAGCCGUUCUUCAACGAGGACCAGAUGAAGUGCGUGGCCCAGUGCGGCUGCUACGAUGAGGACGGGAACUACCACGACGUGGGCGCGAGGGUCCCCACGGCAGAGAACUGCCAGAGCUGUGAAUGCACGGCUGGCGGCCUCCAGUGCACGCACAGCCUCGAAGCCUGCACCUGCACCUACGAGGGCAGGACCUACCAUUUCGAGGACGUCAUCUACAACACGACCGACGGGCUCGGUGCCUGUUUGAUCGCCAUCUGUGGAAACAAUGGGACCAUCAUUCGGAGGGCUGUGGAAUGUCCCGGAACCCCGUCCACGACACCCUUCACCUUCACCACCACCGUGACACCCCUCUCCACAACAGGUAAGCCUGGAGGACGCCCUGCCGUCCCCACCUCCUCCACCGUGUGUGUGCGAGAAGUGUGCUAUUGGUCCGGCUGGCAUGACAGCAGCCAUCCAGAGCCUGGCCUGGCAGGUGGAGACUUUGAGACGUUUGUGAACCUGAGGCAGAGGGGCCAUGAGGUCUGCCCAGCCCCAGUGGCCAUUGAGUGCCGGGCACAGAAAUUCCCCCACAUCCCGCUGCAGCUCCUGGGCCAGAAAGUGGAGUGUGACGUGGCCCGGGGGCUGACUUGCCUCAACGGUGAGCAGAGCCACCAGCUAUGCUAUAACUAUGAGCUGCAAGUCCUCUGCUGUGACCACGUGCCCUGUGGCACCUCCCCUGGUGCCACCACCCAGCAGCCACUGGUCAGCUCCCUGUCUGGCCCCACCUUCCAGUCCACGGUGGCCUCCACCCUCCAGUCCACGGGGGCCCCCACCGUCCAGUCCACGGGGGCCCCCACCGUCCAGUCCACGCGGGCCCCCACCGUCGAGUCCACGGGGGCCCCCACCGUCCACUCCUCGGCCUCGGCCACCACCGCCUGUCAGCCCCGGUGUCGGUGGACAGAGUGGUUCGAUGAGGACUACCCCAAGUCCGAGGAGGCCGGGGGGGACGUUGAGUCGUAUGACAAGAUCAGGAGGGCGGGAGGGGCCGUGUGCAAGCAGCCGGAGGACAUCGAGUGCCAGGCCGAGAUCUUCCCCGGCAGGAGCCCCGCGGAGCUGGGCCAGCACGUGCACUGCGACCCCAGCUUCGGCCUGGUGUGCAGGAACGAGGAGCAGGCGGGCCUGUUCAAGAUGUGCUACAACUACAGGAUCCGUGUGCUCUGCUGCAGCCGCGACCACUGCGCAGGGCCCACCGCCACCGCCGCCACCACCGCCGGGCCGUGGACUCGGACGAGCCCGCAGGGGACCCCGUGGCGCCCCUCGACGGGACCCACCCCGGUGUCAGGGACGACACCCAUCCACGUGGCUCCCACCGUCACCAGAGCAGCGGGCGCAACCGGCACCGGCACCGUCAGCCCACCGUCCACAGAGACGACCACGCCAAUGACAAAGACGUCGCCGGGAACCCCGGGAACCGGGCCCACCACCGGCCAGGGCACGACCGGCUGUCAGCCCCAGUGCGAGUGGACAGACUGGUUUGACGUGGACUUCCCGACCUCAGGGGUGGAGGGCGGGGACAUGGAGACCUUCGACAACAUCAGGGCCGCCGGGGGCAAGCUGUGCCGGGAGCCCAAGGACGUACAGUGCCGGGCAGAGAGCUACCCCGAGGUCAGCAUCGACCAGAUCGGGCAGGUGAUCAGCUGCAGCCUGCAGACAGGGCUGGUCUGUAGGAACGCGGACCAGAAGGGCCAGUUCAACAUGUGCUUCAACUAUAACGUCCGGGCGCUCUGCUGCCAGCCCUCCCCCCACUGCCCCACCUCCGCGGCCCCCAGCACCAGCAGCACUGCUGCUGGGGCUGUGACGUCACCGGGACCAGGGGCCUCCACCAGAGAAGUGACCCGGUCCCAGGCCUUUUCCCCCAGGAACACAGCGAUGGUCACUGUCCCCACCUCCCAGACAGGUCCCUCCUCCCCCGGGACCACCCAGACCCUUCCUCCUUUGUCUGGGACGACCCAGAUCCUUCCUUCUUCCCCCAGGACCACCCAGACCCCUCCUUCUUCUGGAACCACCUGGAGGGUCACUGUCCCCACCUCCCAGACAGUUCCUUCCUCCCCCUGGACCACCCAGACCCUUCCCCCUUCCUCUGGGAUCACCUGGAGGGUCACUGUCCCCACCUCCCAGACAGGUCCCUCCUCCCCCCAAACCACCCAGAGACUCUCUGUGGCCACCGGCCAGACGCUUCCUCCCUCUGCCAGGAUCACAGAGAGGGUCUCCGGCCCCAGCCCCUCUCUCUCUCCGGGCAUCCCCACGAUGACCAGCAAGCCCACCUCAGUCCACGUACCCACCACGGUCCCUGUGGUGACCUCCAGUGGGCAGACCACCUCCUGGUCCCGGCCCAGCAGGUCCACCUCCAGGACCACACCGCUCUCCACAGCCCCACAGUCCGGCUCCACCAGGCACACGCUGGCCCCCAUAUCCUCCCCGGGCUGCAGGCCACGGUGCGCGUGGACAGACUGGUUCGAUGAGGACUACCCCAUACCGGGCCCCAACGGCGGGGACUUCGAGACCUUCGCGGUCUGGCGCUUGGCCGGGCACGUCUUCUGUGACCGGCCCCGGGACAUCGAGUGCCGAUCAGAGAAGGUGCCCGAUGUGCCCCUGGAGGAGGUGGGGCAGGUGGUCCAGUGCAACGUGAGCUUUGGGCUGGUGUGUCGCAACCGCGAGCAGCCGGGGCCCCUGCCCUACUGCCACAACUUCCACGCGCGACUGCUCUGCUGUGAGGACUACAGCCACUGUGCCAGCUCUGUGGUCCCUGAGCCCACCAGCAGCAGCAGCAGCAGCAGCACAGGACAAAGGUCAUCGCAGCCGGGUCCCUCCUCCCCUCGGACCACCCAGACCCUUCCUCCUUUGUCUGGGACGACCCAGAUCCUUCCUUCUUCCUCCAGGACCACCCAGACCCCUCCUUCUUCUGGAACCACCUGGAAGGUCACUGUCCCCACAUCCCAGACAGUUCCUUCCUCCCCCUGGACCACCCAGACCCUUCAUCCUUCCUCUGGGAUCACCCAGAGGGUCACUGUCCCCACCUCCCAGCCAGGUCCCUCCUCCCCCCAGACCACCCAGAGACUCUCUGUGGCCACCGGCCAGACGCUUCCUCCCUCUGCCAGGAUCAUAGAGAGGGUCUCCAGCCCCAGCCCCUCUCUCUCUCCGGGCAUCCCCACGACGACCAGCAAGCCCACCUCAGUCCACGUACCCACCACGGUCCCUGUGGUGACCUCCAGUGGGCAGACCACCCCCUGGUCCCGGCCCAGCAGGCCCACCUCCAGGACCACGCCGCUCUCCACAGCCCCACAGUCCGGCUCCACCAGGCACACGCUGGCCCCCACAUCCUCCCCGGGCUGCAGGCCACGGUGCGCGUGGACAGACUGGUUUGAUGAGGACUACCCCAUACCGGGCCCCAACGGCGGGGACUUCGAGACCUUCGCGGUCUGGCGCUUGGCCGGGCACGUCUUCUGUGACCGGCCCCGGGACAUCGAGUGCCGAUCAGAGAAGGUGCCCGAUGUGCCCCUGGAGGAGGUGGGGCAGGUGGUCCAGUGCAACGUGAGCUUUGGGCUGGUGUGUCGCAACCGCGAGCAGCCGGGGCCCCUGCCCUACUGCCACAACUUCCACGCGCGACUGCUCUGCUGUGAGGACUACAGCCACUGCGCCACCACCCCCGCCACCACUGCGGCCCUGUCCCUGGAGACCUCCCUGUCCCCGGAGACCUCCCGUACCUCGGCGAUGCCCACCACCACGCCCACCACUGUCUCCCGCUCCCCGCCCAGCACCCGGGUCAGUGCGUCCCCGACGUGGCGCACCGAGACCUCGUCCGGCCUCCCCGGCACCGUGCCCAGCACCGCCGGGGCCACCUCCAGCACCAGGACCUCCCUACCGCCCCCCACGACCGAGGCCACCAGCUCCCCGCCGAGCACCGCCCUGGGCUCCUCCACAGUCGCCUCCACGGCCACGUCACCAGCAGUCGGGUCCACGGCCUGUGAGCCUCGCUGUGCCUGGACGGAUUGGCUAGACGAGAGCUAUCCGGUGCCAGGGGCCUCUGGUGGGGACUUUGAGACGUAUGCCAACAUCCGGGCGGCCGGCAAAGCCAUCUGCAAGCGGCCCCUGGACCUGGAGUGUCGGGCCGAGCUGCUGCCCGACGUGCCCCUGCAGGAGCUGGGCCAGGUGGUGCAGUGCAGGCUGGGCAAGGGUCUGGUGUGCCACAAUCGUGACCAGGUUGGCCGGUUCAAGAUGUGCCUCAACUACCACAUCCGCGUGCUCUGCUGUGACGACUACAGCCACUGUCCCAGCACCCUGGCCACGACUACGAUGACCCCCCGGGCCACCAGCCCGGGUCCGCCCCCCACACUGGCUGCCAGUACCACCGUCUGGUCCCCAACGACCCCCAGUCUUACAGCGCCCAGCACGGGCCACACCGCGGCCACCUCCCCGUGCCAGCCCGCCUGCCGCUGGACGGGCUGGCUGGACAGUGACCAGCCCCUGCCCGGCCGCUUCGGGGGCGACAUUGAGACCUACUACCACAUCCAGGACACGGGCGGCCAGCUCUGCGCGGAUCCCGAGGCCAUCGAGUGCCAGGCCGUCCUCUUCCCGGAUGUGCCCUUGGAGCAGCUGGGCCAGGUGCUACGAUGUGACGUCAACUACGGACUCAUCUGCAGGAACAACCGGCAGAGAGGAGGCCAGACUUGCCUCAACUACCACAUCCGUGUGCUCUGCUGUGACGACUACAGCCACUGUGCCAGCUCUGCGGUCCCUGAGCCCACCAGCAGCAGCAGCAGCAGCACAGGACAAAGGACCACCCAGGCCCCUCCUUCUUCUGGGACCACCUGGAGGGUCACUGUCCCCACCUCUCAGACAGGUCCUUCCUCCCCCAGGACCACCCAGACCCUUUCCCCUUCUUCUGGGACCACCUGGAGGGCCACUGUCCCCACCUCCCAGCCAGGUCCCUCCUCCACCCAAACCACCCAGAGACACUCUGUGGCCACCGGCCAGACGCUUCCUCCCUCUGCCAGGAUCACAGAGAGGGUCUCCGGCCCCAGCCCCUCUCUCUCUCCGGGCAUCCCCACGAUGACCAGCAAGCCCACCUCAGUCCACGUACCCACCACGGUCCCUGUGGUGACCUCCAGUGGGCAGACCACCCCCUGGUCCCGGCCCAGCAGGCCCACCUCCAGGACCACACCGCUCUCCACAGCCCCGCGGCCCGGCUCCACCAGGCACACGCUGGCCCCCACAUCCUCCCCGGGCUGCAGGCCACGGUGCGCGUGGACAGACUGGUUUGAUGAGGACUACCCCAUACCGGGCCCCAACGGCGGGGACUUCGAGACCUUCGCGGUCUGGCGCUUGGCCGGGCACGUCUUCUGUGACCGGCCCCGGGACAUCGAGUGCCGAUCAGAGAAGGUGCCCGAUGUGCCCCUGGAGGAGGUGGGGCAGGUGGUCCAGUGCAACGUGAGCUUUGGGCUGGUGUGUCGCAACCGCGAGCAGCCGGGGCCCCUGCCCUACUGUCACAACUUCCACGUGCGACUGCUCUGCUGUGAGGACUACAGCCACUGCGCCACCACCCCCGCCACCACUGCGGCCCUGUCCCUGGAGACCUCCCUGUCCCCGGAGACCUCCCGUACCUCGGCGAUGCCCACCACCACGCCCACCACUGUCUCCCGCUCCCCGCCCAGCACCCGGGUCAGUGCGUCCCCGACGUGGCGCACCGAGACCUCGUCCGGCCUCCCCGGCACCGUGCCCAGCACCGCCGGGGCCACCUCCAGCACCAGGACCUCCCUACCGCCCCCCACGACCGAGGCCACCAGCUCCCCGCCGAGCACCGCCCUGGGCUCCUCCACAGUCGCCUCCACGGCCACGUCACCAGCAGUCGGGUCCACGGCCUGUGAGCCUCGCUGUGCCUGGACGGAUUGGCUAGACGAGAGCUAUCCGGUGCCAGGGGCCUCUGGUGGGGACUUUGAGACGUAUGCCAACAUCCGGGCGGCCGGCAAAGCCAUCUGCAAGCGGCCCCUGGACCUGGAGUGUCGGGCCGAGCUGCUGCCCGACGUGCCCCUGCAGGAGCUGGGCCAGGUGGUGCAGUGCAGGCUGGGCAAGGGUCUGGUGUGCCACAAUCGUGACCAGGUUGGCCGGUUCAAGAUGUGCCUCAACUACCACAUCCGCGUGCUCUGCUGUGACGACUACAGCCACUGUCCCAGCACCCUGGCCACGACUACGAUGACCCCCCGGGCCACCAGCCCGGGUCCGCCCCCCACACUGGCUGCCAGUACCACCGUCUGGUCCCCAACGACCCCCAGUCUUACAGCGCCCAGCACGGGCCACACCGCGGCCACCUCCCCGUGCCAGCCCGCCUGCCGCUGGACGGGCUGGCUGGACAGUGACCAGCCCCUGCCCGGCCGCUUCGGGGGCGACAUUGAGACCUACUACCACAUCCAGGACACGGGCGGCCAGCUCUGCGCGGAUCCCGAGGCCAUCGAGUGCCAGGCCGUCCUCUUCCCGGACGUGCCCUUGGAGCAGCUGGGCCAGGUGCUACGAUGUGACGUCAACUACGGACUCAUCUGCAGGAACAACCGGCAGAGAGGAGGCCAGACUUGCCUCAACUACCACAUCCGCGUGCUCUGCUGUGACGACUACAGCCACUGUGCCAGCUCUGCGGUCCCUGAGCCCACCAGCAGCAGCAGCAGCAGCACAGGACAAAGGUCAUCGCAGAGCCUUUCUGUUUCCUCUGGGACGACCCAGACCCUUCCUUCUUCCCCUGGGACCACCAAAACCCUUCCUCCUUCCUCUGGGACCACCCAGACCCCUCCUCCUUCCUCUGGGACCACCCAGACCCUUUUUACCUCCCCUGGGACCACCCAGAGCCUUUCUGUUUCCUCUGGGACCACCCAGACCCUUCCUUCUUCCCCUGGGACCACCAAAACCCUUCCUCCUUCCUCUGGGACCACCCAGACCCCUCCUCCUUCCUCUGGGACCACCCAGACCCUUUUUACCUCCCCUGGGACCACCCAGAGCCUUUCUGUUUCCUCUGGGACCACCCAGACCCUUCCUUCUUCCCCUGGGACCACCCAGACCCUUUUUACCUCCCCUGGGACCACCCAGACCCUUCCUUCUUCCUCUGGGACCACCAAAACCCUUCCUCCUUCCUCUGGGACCACCCAGACCCCUCCUCCUUCCUCUGGGACCACCCAGACCCUUCCUUCUUCCCCUGGGACCACACAGACCCUUUUUACUUCCCCUGGGACCACCCAGAGCCUUUCUGUUUCCUCUGGGACCACCCAGAUCAUUCCUUCCUCCCAAAGGACCACCCAGAGGGUCUCUGUCCCCACCUCCCAGCCAGGCCCCUCCUCCCCUCGGACUACCCAGACCCUUUCUCCUUCUUCUGGGACAACCCAGAUCCUUCCUUCUUCCCCCAGGACCACCCAGGCCCCUCCUUCUGGGACCACCUGGAGCGUCACUGUCCCCACCUCCCAUCCAGGUCCCUCCUCCCCCCAGACCACCCAGAGACUCUCUGUGGCCACCGGCCAGACGCUUCCUCCUUCUGCCAGGAUCACAGAGAGGGUCUCCAGCCCCAGCCCCUCCUCCUCUCCGGGCAUCCCCAUGACGACCAGCAAGCCCACCUCAGUCCACGUACCCACCACGGUCCCUGUGGUGACCUCCAGUGGGCAGACCACCCCCUGGUCCCGGCCCAGCAGGCCCACCUCCAGGACCACACCGCUCUCCACAGCCCCGCGGCCCGGCUCCACCAGGCACACGCUGGCCCCCACAUCCUCCCCGGGCUGCAGGCCACGGUGCGCGUGGACAGACUGGUUCGACGAGGACUACCCCAUACCGGGCCCCAACGGCGGGGACUUCGAGACCUUCGCGGUCUGGCGCUUGGCCGGGCACGUCUUCUGUGACCGGCCCCGGGACAUCGAGUGCCGAUCAGAGAAGGUGCCCGAUGUGCCCCUGGAGGAGGUGGGGCAGGUGGUCCAGUGCAACGUGAGCUUUGGGCUGGUGUGUCGCAACCGCGAGCAGCCGGGGCCCCUGCCCUACUGCCACAACUUCCACGCGCGACUGCUCUGCUGUGAGGACUACAGCCACUGUGCCAGCUCUGUGGUCCCUGAGCCCACCAGCAGCAGCAGCAGCAGCACAGGACAAAGGUCAUCGCAGGUUCCUGGGCCACAGACGACGGCCACGUACCCCUCCUCCUCUGCCACCACCCAGAGGGUCACUGUCCCCACCACCCAGACCCUUCCUCCUUCCUCUGGGACCACCAAAACCCUUCCUCCUUCCUCUGGGACCAUCCAGACACCUCCUCCUUCCUCUGGGACCACCCAGACCCUUUUUACUUCCCCUGGGACCACCCAGAGCCUUUCUAUCCUUCCUUCUUCCUCCAGGACCACCCAGACCCCUCCUUCUUCUGGAACCACCUGGAAGGUCACUGUCCCCACAUCCCAGACAGUUCCUUCCUCCCCCUGGACCACCCAGACCCUUCCCCCUUCCUCUGGGAUCACCCAGAGGGUCACUGUCCCCACCUCCCAGCCAGGUCCCUCCGCCCCCCAGACGACCCAGAGACUCUCUGUGGCCACCGGCCAGACGCUUCCUCCCUCUGCUAGGAUCACAGAGAGGGUCUCCAGCCCCAGCCCCUCCUCCUCUCUGGGCAUCCCCACGACGACCAGCAAGCCCACCUCAGCCCACGCACCCACCACGGUCCCUGUGGUGACCUCCAGUGGGCAGACCACCCCCUGGUCCCGGCCCAGCAGGCCCACCUCCAGGACCACGCCGCUCUCCACAGCCCCACAGUCCGGCUCCACCAGGCACACGCUGGCCCCCACAUCCUCCCCGGGCUGCAGGCCACGGUGCGCGUGGACAGACUGGUUCGACGAGGACUACCCCAUACCGGGCCCCAACGGCGGGGACUUCGAGACCUUCGCGGUCUGGCGCUUGGCCGGGCACGUCUUCUGUGACCGGCCCCGGGACAUCGAGUGCCGAUCAGAGAAGGUGCCCGAUGUGCCCCUGGAGGAGGUGGGGCAGGUGGUCCAGUGCAACGUGAGCUUUGGGCUGGUGUGUCGCAACCGCGAGCAGCCGGGGCCCCUGCCCUACUGCCACAACUUCCACGCGCGACUGCUCUGCUGUGAGGACUACAGCCACUGCGCCACCACCCCCGCCACCACUGCGGCCCUGUCCCUGGAGACCUCCCUGUCCCCAGAGACCUCCCGUACCUCGGCGAUGCCCACCACCACGCUCACCACUGUCUCCCGCUCCCCGCCCAGCACCCGGGUCAGUGCGUCCCCGACGUGGCGCACCGAGACCUCGUCCGGCCUCCCCGGCACCGUGCCCAGCACCGCCGGGGCCACCUCCAGCACCAGGACCUCCCUACCGCCCCCCACGACCGAGGCCACCAGCUCCCCGCCGAGCACCGCCCCGGGCCCCUCCCCAGCUGCCUCCACGUCCCUGCCUGUCAUGGCGUGGACCUCGUCCACUUCCGUGGUCACCACCCCGAGGCCCCCAGCAUCCAGCAGCACACACUUCACCACCGGCUGCCUCUGCCGGGCAUACGGGCAGCUCUUCUCUCCCGGGGAUGUGGUCUACAACAAGACGGACAGUGCGGGCUGCCACUUCUCUGCCAUCUGCAACCAGCACUGUGACAUUGACCGCUUCCAGAGCACCUGCCCCACCUCCUCACCCCCAGCAUCCUCGGCCCCCCUGUCCCCCUCCUCCGCAGCUCCUCCCUGCGACCUCCUUGUCCCUCCCCGACAGGUGAACGAGUCCUGGACCCUGCCAGACUGCACGGUGGCCCGGUGUGAAGGCAACAACCGCAUGGUGCUUCUGGAGCGGAAGUCGGCGGCCAGCGUGAGCUGCGUGAAUGGGCAUCCGCCAGUCAGAGUGUGGCAGAGGAGCGAGCCGUGCGACUUCCGUUUCGAGUGCGAGUGCUUGUGCAGCGGCUGGGGCAACUCUCACUACAACACCUUUGACGGCACCUCCUACUCCUUCGUGGACAACUGCACCCACGUGCUCAUGCGGGAGAUCCGCCCGCGCCACGGGAACCUCAGCAUCUACAUGCACAACUACUACUGUGGGGCCACCUCAGCCACUGCCCAGUGUCCCCGCGCCCUCAGCACCCGCUAUAAGUCCACGGAGGUCAUCCUCACCACCAGCACCGGCGCCGACGGGCAGGAGGAGCCCCUGAUACUGUUUGACGGAAAGCAAGUGAGCCCGGGCUUUGCCAAGAACGGCGUGAGUGUGUCCGUGACAGGCACCACCACGAUGGGCAUCGACAUUCCUGCCCUUGAUGUCAGCAUCAGCUUCGACGGGCACGUCUUCCAGGUCCGGCUGCCCUACACCCACUUCAGCCACAACACGGAGGGCCAGUGCGGCACCUGCACCAACAGCCAGACAGACGACUGCCGCCAGCCAGACGGCACCACCGCCCCCACCUGCCAAGACAUGGCCCAUACCUGGCUGGUCAGGGAGAGCAGCAGGGAGGACUGCGGGGCACCCACCCCCCAGCCCCCGGUACCACCCGCCACGCCCACCUCCUCCCCAUGCCCCCCAGGACCUCUCUGCGAGCUGUUGCUGAGCCCGGUCUUCGAACAGUGCCACGGCCUCAUCCCGCCGGGCCCGUUCUUCAGCUCCUGCGUCAGUGAUGGCUGCCAAGCUGACCGCCAGGCGCCCUGCAAGAGCCUGGAGGCCUACGCAGCCCUCUGCCGUGCCCAGGGCGUGUGCAGCAGCUGGCGCAACGCCACCGGCGGGCUGUGCAACUUCACCUGUCCGUCCGGCAAGGUGUACCAGCCGUGUGGCCCCGCACAGCCCGCGUCCUGCGACUCCAGGCGCCAGAGCGAGGUGGGCAAGGGGCUGGCGGAAGGCUGCUUCUGCCCGGAUGGACACACCCUCUUCAACACGCACACAAACGUCUGCGUGCGCGAGUGCGGCUGUGUGGGACCAGACGGGUUUCCCAAAUCUCCCGGGGAGCGGUGGGUCAGCAACUGCCAGGACUGCGUGUGUCACGAGGGCUCCCUGUCGGUGCGGUGCACGCCCGUGCUGUGCGAAGCCCAGGACCGGCCCCCGCAGUGCAGCCGGGCGGGCCUGGUGACUGUGACCAGGCCUGUGGCUGACAAGCCAUGCUGCAUGGAGAUGCUGUGCGUCUGCAACACGACCACCUGCCCCCAGAGCCCGCCCAAAUGUGUGCCGGGAGAGGAGCUGGUGGCCACCCAGGAGGAGGGCGACUGCUGCCCCACCUUCAGCUGCCGACCUAAGCUGUGCACCUACAAUGGCACCGCCUAUGGGAUCGGUGCGACCUUCCCAGCGGUCACUCCCUGCCACACAUGCACCUGCCUGUCUGUGGACACCCAGCACCCAACGGUGCAGUGUGAGGAGGACAACUGCAGCACCACCUGCCCCCAGGGCUUCCAGUACCAGAAGGUGGACGGACAGUGCUGUGGGGAGUGCGUGCAGACAGCGUGUCUCACGCCGGACGGCCGGCUGGUCCAGCCCAACGAGACCUGGGUCAGCAGCCUCGUGGACAACUGCACGGAGUACCGCUGCGACGCCAAGAACGGGCUCCACGUGCUCACCCCGAGGCCGCUGCCCUGCCCGGACCUGUCCAGCUGCAAGGGCAUCCUCAGGAAAACUGGCUGCUGCUACUCCUGUGAGGAAGUGGACUCCUGCCAAGUCCGGGUCAACAGGACGGUCCUGAGACACCAGGGCUGCGCCACCCAGGCCCCGGUCAACGUCACCUUCUGCGAGGGCUCGUGCCCAGGAGUGUCCAAGUUCUCCAUGGAGGCCCAGGCCAUGCAGCGUCAGUGCACCUGCUGCCAGGAGACAAGGCUUCACGAGGAGGUGGUGACCAUGCAGUGUCCCGAUGGGACAGCGGUCCAGCACACCUACACCCACGUGGACGAGUGCAGCUGUGCUGCGUCCUGCAUCCCUGCUCCCGAGGCUCCCGAGGACAGCACCCCCAUCUUCUCGAUCUAGGGGUCCACCACUGGCUGUUGCCAUUCUGACCCCAUCCCGCAAGCUCCCUCCCUCCCCCUCCGGAGCCAGAACACUCACUACCCAACCGCGGAUAGCCGGGCCAGCCUGCUGCAGGAGUCCGAGCACACCCUCCACCCGUGCCCUCGCGACACCUGCGCCCUGGAGGUGAUGGUGCCAUGACGGCCUGCCUGAGGGGGGCUCCAGGAGGGGGCCUUGCCCUCGGAGCCCCUUCAGCACGUCUUGGCCACCUGCCUGGCCAUCAGGGCCGACCCCUCAUUUGAGACACAAGCGCCUGCUCCGUCCGGACUCGCCCCCUUCUUGGUGUCAGAGGUGUGCCCCAUAGCAAAGUGCGCAUCAGCUGCCAUGCUGCUCCCCGCACUGUGGGCCUGCGUGCCCCCCUCCUGCCCCCUGCUGCUCCUCAAAGCCCCGGGGAACAGAUUCCUGCUGGCCACCUCCUGCAGCAGAAUUCAGGCUGAGGCCCGUCCAGGCAAGGCCAGACCGGCAGCCUCCAGGGAGUGGUGCCAGGCAGGCCCAUGUCUGGACCCAGGCGUGGGGUUACCAUGGCCGACAGGAGGGCCCCGGGCAGGGGUGGGGGGCGUCGGA